UUGAAAACUAGUGCUUUUUAACUUGUGUGACCUUUAUUUUUAUUAAAGCGUGAUUGAUCUGUUUUGUUUAUAUUCUUUUUGUGUAGUUAGAUACACAUAAGACAAGUUUAGUCGUCCUUAUUAGUCUUGUUGCAAUUGUAUUGUUAAGGUAGUAUUUGGGUUGUUAAGACUUGUCUUUUUAUAAUUAGUAAAUUUAUUACGCAGGCUCUUUUGAACAGGAUGCAGUGUUGUGUCAGGAAGCAUUUUCCUUUUAUUUUUUCAGGUGCCCAAGACAGGAGAAAAGUGAACCGUAUUGCUGGGGACUCCAAUGCUCAUCGGAUUAAGGAUAUUCUUCCUGCCGAUAUAGCUGUCAAAUGCCUGCCAAUCUCUGAUGAGUAUAUGUAAUGACAAUGGUAUAGAACAGUAAUUACAGUUUCAGACAUUCGCCAACUCUGUUUUCAAAGGUGCCAAAUUUUCUUGUGAUCGUUUUCGCCAUGCAUUGUUGAGAGACUUGCGGAAGAUGGAUGUUCAACAGCUGUAUCUUCAUCUAGGCUCAAAUGACAUUCUUACAAAUGAAGCGGUGUUUUACCGAGAUGUAGCUGACUUGUGCGAUUUGGUGCAUCAGGAGGCGCACAAUCGGUGUCCAGAAUGCAGGGUUGUUUGCUCCAACGAAGACGCUUUGCUGAGCCACUUCUGCAGUCGCCACAUCAAGCAACCAGAGACUGGAAAAGAGAGUAAAAUUAAGCUGAUAGGCUCACCAAUGAUUGCAUCUGCUAAUCAUGAACUCAACGAAGUCAGCUCAAGGAAGUGGAAGGCAUGCUUGGAAAAUAGAAGUUUCCAUUAUUAAGGCAAAU